AUGCACAAGAUGGGGGAGGCCGUGGCCAGGGUGGCUCGGCGCGUCAACGACACCGUGGAGAACCAGCGCGACAGCCUGGGCCCUUCCAACGGCAGCUGGUGGGAGCCGGGCGCGCGGCUCCGGGAGAACUACACCUUCUCGGCCUACUACCAGCACUCGUGCGCCGUGGCGGCCGCCUUCAUCGCCGCCUACGUCUUCAUCUUCCUCAUGUGCAUGGUGGGCAACGCGCUGGUGUGCCUCACGGUGCUGCGGAACCGCCAGAUGCGCACGGUCACCAACAUGUUCAUCCUCAACCUGGCCGUGAGCGACCUGCUCGUGGGCAUCUUCUGCAUGCCCACCACGCUCGUGGACAACCUCAUCACGGGUUGGCCCUUUGACAACGCCAUGUGCAAGAUGAGCGGCCUGGUGCAGGGCAUGUCCGUCUCGGCAUCUGUUUUCACGCUGGUGGCCAUUGCCGUGGAAAGGUACGUUGGCCAACGGGAUCUUCCAAGCCUUGGCACCUCGCAGGGUGCAAGAGGCAUGGGUUAG